CAGGCCCGGACGCCUCAGGGAGAACCGGGCGCUUCCGGCGCGUGUGGUAGUUUGCCUUCCUUGGAUGAUCGGACUUGUGGCCCAAUGGCCUCGCUGGUGGCAUAUGACGAUUCUGACUCAGAGGCUGAGCCCCAGCCUGCCGGAGGUGGGAACGACGCCGACCGAAUGACGGAUGUUUCUGGUGUGGACAGACCUUCUGGGCAGGGCUUUUCACCUUGUGCAGCGGACAUAACCAACGAGGGAGCACCGCUCGCCCAGCACAGCCCUGGUGAAGAGCUCAGGGGAGAGCGUCUCCCGCUGGUUCGGCUCUGGAAAAAUGACCCGGGAUCUUGUCCCAGCCAGAGGCUGCAGUGGCCCAGGAAGGAGCCUGAAGUGCCGUGCCCCUCCGGCGCGCUUCCUCACCCUUCCUCCCUGUGGACCAGCCAUGCUCCUGCGAGCCACGUGCCCUGGGCAGCUGCCUGCCUGAAGCAAGUGAAGCCCCUCUGGGCCGCCCCCAACGCCCCUUCCCACGCUCAAAGCAUGUCUGAAACCACUCAUAGACAUGCCAGCUCUCUCCAAAGGAAAAGGGGAGAGGACUGUGUGGUUCCUUAUACCCCAAAGAGACUGAGGCAGCUCCAGGCACUGAGCUCCGAGACACUCAGGACUCCUGACCCCGAGCCACAGGGGCCGCCUGCAGAUCGUGCUCCAGCCCCUCUCCGCAUGCCCCCCGUGGUGUCUGAGGCCAUCCAGCCACAUUUGAAAAGUCAGUUCAGGGAAACCAAGGUCCCCAGGAAAGUGCUCUUCCACCUUCGAGGCCAUGGAGGGCCUGUCAACAGCAUCCAAUGGUGUCCAGUCUUUUCAAAGAGUCACAUGCUUCUGUCCACGUCUAUGGAUAAGACCUUCAAGAUAUGGAAUGCCGUGGACUCGGGGCGCUGCCUGCAGACCUACCUCCUGCACAGUGAGGCAGUGCGGGCGGCGCGGUGGUCUCCCUGUGGCCGGCGCAUCCUCAGUGGUGGCUUUGACUUCACCCUGCACCUAACAGACCUUGAAACAGGAACCCAGUUAUUUAGUGGUCGCAGUGACUUUAGAAUCACUACCUUGAAAUUUCAUCCAAAAGACCCCAACAUUUUUUUAUGUGGAGGCUUCAGCUCCGAAAUCAAAGCUUGGGAUAUAAGAACCAGCAAGGUGGUGAGAAGCUACAAGGCGACCAUCCAGCAGACCCUGGACAUCCUCUUCCUCCAGGAAGGCUCUGAGUUCCUGAGCAGCACGGAUGCCUCCACCCGGGACUCCGCCGACCGCACCAUCAUUGCCUGGGACUUCAGGACCUCUGCCAAAAUCUCCAACCAGAUUUUCCAUGAGAGGUACACGUGCCCCAGCCUCGCCUUGCACCCCAGGGAGCCUGUAUUCCUGGCACAGACCAAUGGCAACUACCUGGCCCUCUUCUCAGCCGUGUGGCCCUACCGGAUGAGCAGGCGGCGGCGCUACGAAGGGCACAAGGUGGAAGGCUACGCCGUGGGCUGCGAGUGCUCCCCGUGUGGAGAGCUGCUGGUGACAGGCAGCGCCGAUGGCCGCGUCCUGAUGUUCAGCUUCCGCACCGCCCGCCGGGCCUGCACGCUGCAGGGACACCCACAGGCCUGCCUCGGCACCACCUACCACCCCGUGCUGCCCUCUGUCCUGGCCACCUGCUCCUGGGGAGGCGACAUCAAGAUCUGGCAGUGACGCCCGUGCCUGGGGCUCCCUUUGUUCCUCGGGAGGAGGCGGGGAUUGGGGUAUACCAUUUCCACCGUCUGCCGGGCCUCAGUUUCUUCAUCUGUGCAGAGGGGGCAAGAAGCUGUCUGGGUGUGAGUGCUGUAUGAAGAAAGUGUCAGAUGCCUGGUGAUGCCCAAUAAAUGUGUGUCCUGCUGCUUC